AUGCAUGUCCUCAUCACUGGCGCUGCCGGUUUCAUCGGCCAAUUGCUUGCGAAGGAGCUGUUGAAUGACCCAACCUAUCGCGUCACAUUGACCGAUAUACAUCAACCCCCGAUCCCUGCGGGCGUUCGCUAUCCCCAAUCUGCAACGGCAAUCAAGGCCGAUCUUUUGACAGGGGCCAAGGACAUCGUCGAUUCCUCCUUAGAUGCCGUCUAUGCCUUCCACGGCAUCAUGUCGUCCGGCUCCGAAGCCAACUUCGACCUUGGCAUGAGCGUCAACAUCGAUGCAACCCGAAACCUGCUCGAUGCACUCCGACACACUUGCCCCGGAGUGCGGGUCAUCUAUUCGUCCAGCCAGGCCGUAUACGGCCAACCGUUGCCAGAAAUUGUGACCGACAGCGUGAUCCCGACUCCGGAGUCCUCCUACGGCGCCGAGAAGAUCGUGUGCGAAACGCUGGUGAACGAAUAUACUCGCCGUAAAUUUAUUACCGGCUUCACCUUGCGAUUCCCUACCAUCUCCGUCCGACCGGGUGCGCCUACUGCUGCAGCUUCGUCCUUCCUCUCCGGCAUGAUCCGGGAGCCGCUCGACGGGAAGAAAUGUGUGAUUCCCAUUGAAGACCGACAGUUCAAGUCGUGGCUAUGCUCGCCCAAGACCCUUGUGGAAAAUCUCCUUCUCACCCUCCGUCUUCCUGCCGACUCUGUUCCCCCGCACAUUCGCCAGAUCAAUGUGCCUGGAAUCUGCGUCACAGUCCAGGGCAUGAUGGAUGCGUUGGAAGCAGUGGGCGGUGCAGAUAAACUAGCUCUUCUUACAGAGAAGGAGGACUCUGCGUUGAUCCCAAUUCUAAAGUCAUGGCCAACUCAGUUUGAUAACACCCAGGCCAUCUCCUUGGGGUUCAAACGUGACGAGUCUUUUGAGCAGACUGUGCGGGAUUACUUAGAUUCUAAAAUUUCAACGAUAUCAUCGAUUGCGCUGCACGCCCUGUACUCCGACGGCCAAUACGAUUGGCUUCAUGCUGUCGGUGCACAUCCUUUCUUUAAAUUCCAGAAGGACCCAGAGAACCCAAUGUCGGAGCCGCCAAUAGCUUGGAUCCCUGUAUGUACAGCGCCGGACUCCGCCACCAAGGCGAAGAUCAUUUUUGCAUGUGCUUGCACAUCGGUGCGCAACAGCAAUAGCGACCGAGACUGGAACUGCCAGAACUGGGUUGGAGAUGCUCUGACUGAGCUCGUUAAGAUCGGCUGUUUAACCAAAGAAGAACGUGCAGAAGCCAUUGGUAAAAUGGUGGAGACUAUCUUGGAAGCGGAGCUGGAAGAUGAUGGGAUGUUUUAG